AUGGGAUGUUCAAAUACUCAUCAUGGAAACAAGGAACGAGUUUUCAAAGAACGUACAAAUGCUUUCCAUGAUCGACAACGUCGUGGAGCUAUGCGAAGAAAGAUUCAUGAGGUGACAGGACAUAAGUUUAUGGCACUUUUCUUGCGACAGCCAACGUUUUGUGCUCAUUGCAAGGAAUUCAUAUGGGGAAUAGGCAAACAGGGUUAUCAAUGUCAAAUUUGUACAGUCGUAGUUCAUAAAAGAUGUCAUGAAGAAGUUCUCUGGAAGUGUCCUGGCAAUCGUAGUGAUUUCAUAGACGAAAUUAGUAAAGAAGCUGCUGAAAGCGCUGGUCGAUUCAAUAUAAAUAUUCCUCAUCGUUUCUCUGUACAUUCCUAUAAACGACCAACUUUCUGUGAUCAUUGCGGAUCUAUGUUAUACGGGCUUAUAAAUCAAGGAUUACAAUGCUCGCAGUGCAAAUUAAAUGUUCAUAAAAGAUGUCAACGUAAUGUCGCUAAUAACUGUGGAAUUAAUGCUAAACAAAUGGCUGCUGAGCUGGCUCAGCUCGGACUUACUGGUGAUAAGAUGAGUAUACGAUCGAAGAAGAGGCCGUCCAUAUUAACAGAAAGCAGUUCAGAACAGUCAGUUAGCUCUGUAGAAACUAACAGAACUUUCCUCACCCAAAUUUCCGAAGAUGAGACACACAAAUCUUCUUCAGCUCCAGUUGGUAAUAACGCAACUCUCUCAAUAUCCGAUUUUUCAUUCAUCAAAGUACUUGGAAAGGGUUCUUUCGGAAAGGUCAUGUUGGCCGAGAGAAAAGGCACAGACGAAGUGUUCGCCAUCAAAAUCUUGAAGAAAGAUGUCAUAGUUCAAGAUGAUGAUGUUGAAUGUACAAUGUGCGAGAAGAGAAUUCUAUCUCUGGCAGCAAAGCAUCCAUUCUUGACUGCUCUACACAGCAGCUUCCAAACACCUGAUCGAUUGUUUUUCGUAAUGGAAUAUGUGAAUGGAGGAGAUUUGAUGUUCCAAAUUCAAAGGGCACGAAAGUUUGAUGAGAGUCGAGCUCGUUUUUAUGCAGCUGAAGUUACAUGUGCCUUACAAUUUUUGCAUCGUAAUGAAGUUAUUUAUAGGGAUUUGAAACUAGAUAAUAUUUUACUUGAUGCCGAAGGACAUUGUCGCUUAGCUGAUUUUGGAAUGUGCAAGGAAGGAAUUACAAAAGAGAAACUCACAAGCACAUUUUGUGGAACUCCCGACUACAUAGCUCCAGAAAUUCUUCAAGAACUCGAAUAUGGAGUUUCAGUUGAUUGGUGGGCACUAGGAGUUCUGAUGUAUGAAAUGAUGGCUGGACAACCACCGUUUGAAGCUGAUAACGAGGAUGAUCUUUUUGAAGCAAUUCUCAACGAUGAUGUUCUCUAUCCAGUGUGGUUAUCUAAAGAAGCUGUAAAUAUUCUCAAAGCUUUCAUGACCAAAAAUCCUAGUAAACGUCUUGGAUGUGUUCAAUCUCAAGGAGGAGAAGAUGCUAUUCGUGCUCAUCCAUUCUUCCGUGAAAUUGACUGGGAUGCCUUAGAAACUAGACAGGUCAAACCGCCAUUCAAACCUAAAAUUAAAUCAAAACGUGAUGUCAAUAAUUUCGAUGCUGAUUUCACCAAAGAGGAGCCCGUGUUAACACCAACAGACAUGAAUGUGGUGAGGGCAAUCAAUCAAGAUGAAUUCCGUGGUUUCUCUUUUGUGAAUCCUCAUUUCACAUAUUAA